CGUUCCAAGCGUCUAAGGACUCGAAGGGGAGUCGCCUCUUUUUGUUCUUCCUCCUCUCCUCCUGAGACCGCGCGGGGGAAGAAGGUACACGAUCCAGAGAUCCAGAGAGACUCCCUCUUUGUUUGGAUUGGCAAGACCCAGAGACUCUCUCUCUUCUCGCUGUGAUAGCCGCUCGGUGCAUCCGGUUGAUCGGAUCUGAAGGGGUGGCGGCGGGAAGAUGGCGUUGUCCGGGAUGAGAGGUCUCUCCGUCUUCAUCAGUGACAUAAGGAACUGCCAGAACAAGGAACAAGAGCGGCAGAGGGUUGACAAGGAGCUGGGCAACAUCCGCACUCGAUUCAAGAAUGAAAAGGGUUUGACACCGUAUGAGAAGAAGAAAUACGUAUGGAAAAUGCUUUACAUCUAUAUGCUCGGAUAUGAUGUAGAUUUUGGUCAUAUGGAGGCUGUUUCUCUGAUAUCUGCCCCAAAGUAUCCAGAAAAACAGGUGGGCUAUAUUGUUACGUCAUGCUUGCUCAAUGAAAAUCAUGACUUUUUAAGAUUGGUCAUAAAUACAGUUCGUAAUGACAUAAUUGGACGCAACGAAACUUUCCAAUGCCUGGCACUGACCAUGGUUGGAAACAUUGGUGGAAGGGAAUUUGCUGAAUCAUUAGCACCUGACGUUCAAAAGUUGCUUAUUUCUAGUAGCUGCAGACCACUUGUAAGAAAAAAGGCUGCGUUGUGUCUGCUGCGUCUGUACAGGAAGAAUCCAGAUGUUGUAAAUGUGGAUGGAUGGUCAGACAGAAUGACUCAGCUUCUUGAUGAACGUGAUCUUGGUGUUCUGACAUCUGUUAUGAGCCUCCUUGUUGCGUUGGUUGCAAACAGCCAUGAAGCAUAUUGGAGCUGCUUGCCAAAAUGUGUUAAGGUUUUGGAAAGACUUGCUAGAAAUCAAGAUGUUCCACCAGAAUACACUUACUAUGGAAUCCCAUCUCCAUGGCUACAGGUGAAGACAAUGAGAGCCCUUCAAUAUUUUCCUACAAUUGAAGAUCCUAAUACAAGGAGGUCCUUAUUUGAGGUCCUGCAACGUAUCUUGAUGGGGACUGAUGUUGUAAAAAAUGUAAACAAAAAUAAUGCUUCACAUGCAGUACUGUUUGAAGCUCUUGCAUUGGUGAUGCACCUUGAUGCUGAAAAAGAGAUGAUGUCUCAGUGUGUUGCUUUACUUGGGAAGUUCAUUGCAGUACGUGAACCAAAUAUCCGCUAUCUUGGCUUGGAGAACAUGACGAGAAUGUUAAUGGUUACAGAUGUACAGGAGAGCAUAAAAAGACAUCAAGCUCAGAUUAUCACAUCUCUAAAGGAUCCUGACAUCAGUAUCCGGAGACGUGCUCUUGAUUUGUUGUAUGGAAUGUGUGAUGUGACAAAUGCUAAGGACAUAGUGGAGGAACUACUUCAGUAUCUGAGCACAGCUGACUUUGCAAUGCGGGAGGAACUGGCUUUGAAGGCUGCCAUUCUUGCUGAGAAGUUUGCUCCCGACCUCUUGUGGUAUGUUGAUGUAAUUCUUCAGUUGAUUGAUAAGGCGGGCGAUUUUGUGAGUGAUGACAUAUGGUAUCGUGUCAUUCAGUUUGUGACAAACAAUGAUGACUUGCAGCCAUAUGCAGCAGCAAAGGCGCGAGAAUAUCUCGAUAAGCCAGCCUUGCAUGAGACAAUGGUCAAGGUUAGUGCAUAUCUCCUUGGAGAAUACAGCCACCUACUAGCUAGACGGCCUGGUUGUAGUCCUAAGGAGAUAUUCUCUCUGAUAAAUGAGAAGCUUCCAACUGUAUCAGCACCAACCGUUGCAAUACUUCUUUCAACUUAUGCUAAGAUACUUAUGCACACACAACCUCCUGAUCAGGAGUUGCAGAAUCAAGUUUGGGCUAUAUUUAACAAAUACGAGAGUUACAUCGAUGUAGAGAUACAACAAAGAGCUGUCGAAUAUUUUGCAUUAAGUCGUAAAGGUGCAGCAUUAAUGGAUAUCCUGGCUGAAAUGCCGAAGUUCCCUGAACGCCAGUCUUCCUUGCUCAAAAAGGCCGAAGAUGCAGAAGCCGAUACUGCUGAACAAAGUGCUAUAAAAUUGCGUACUCAGCAGCAGACAUCAAAUGCUUUAGUAGUAACAGAUGUACAUGCUCCCAAUGGAUCUGCAUCAUAUGGGCCUGUUAAGAUUCCAACGAACCAUAAUACGGAAACUGCUUUAGUAGUUCAAGAGACAGCACAGCCUAAUGGAACUACGGCCAAAUUGGAUCCUCAACAAGCACCACCUUCACCGGAUCUUCUUGGUGAUCUUUUGGGUCCACUUGCUAUCGAAGGCCCACCUGAUACUUCUGCUAUUAUUGAUCAAAAUCUAGUCUCGGGGCUUGGGACGUCUUCGAGCACAAUAGAUGAACUGGCUCUUGCUACCCUUGGUGAACAACCAAAUUCCGUUCAGCCAAUUGGAAAUAUUGCUGAAAGAUUUCAUGCUUUAUGCCUAAAAGAUAGUGGUGUUCUGUAUGAGGAUCCCUACAUUCAGAUUGGCAUCAAGGCAGAAUGGCGUGCUCACCAUGGGCGCCUAGUGCUUUUCUUAGGAAACAAAAAUACUUCUCCUCUUGAUUCAGUUCAAGCCCUCAUAUUGCCACCAUCUCAUUUGAAGAUGGAGCUUUCAGUUGUACCUGAAACAAUUCCACCGAGAUCACAGGUGCAAUGCCCACUUGAAGUUGUCAAUCUUCGUUCAAGCAGAGAUGUAGCUGUUCUUGAUUUCUCUUACAAGUUUGGUGCUUCAAUGGUCAAUGUGAAGCUACGCCUUCCUGCAGUUUUUAACAAGUUUCUGCAGCCCAUAUCAAUGUCUGCCGAGGAGUUUUUCCCCCAGUGGAGGUCUCUUUCAGGACCACCACUGAAGCUUCAGGAAGUGGUUCGAGGUGUAAAACCUAUGUUGCUUCCUGAAAUGGCAAACCUAUUCAGUAGCUUCCACGUGGUGGUUUGUCCUGGAUUGGAUCCAAAUCCAAACAACCUGGUUGCGUGCACUACCUUUUUCUCUGAGGCUACCCGAGCCAUGCUUUGUUUGAUAAGAGUUGAAACAGAUCCUUCUGAUAGGACCCAAUUACGAAUGACAGUCGCUUCGGGAGAUCCUACACUAACAUUUGAACUGAAGGAAUUCAUCAAAGAGCAGUUGAUUAGCAUGCCUGCAGUUUCAGCAACGCCAGUGGCUCCAGCGCCAGCUUCAGCUUCAGCUCCAGCUCCAGCUGCACAACCAGCUCCGUCAACGACGGAUCCUGGUGCAUUGCUUGCUGGUUUGCUUUGAGGAAAGUGGUUAAACGUGUGUGGAUUCUUUCCUGAUAUUAUCAAACCCUGCCUUUGCCAGAUUAUGAGCGAUACUGCCAUAUUGCGUGGAAGGGAUGGUACAUGCUGCAAGGGCUGGCCAAAUGACCGAUGUCCCGUCGGGAUGGUGUUGUUGUCUGAGUGGGCUUUGCGGCGGGCUUUUUGAUUCUUUGGGCAUGUGGAUAUGUGCCCUUUCAUUUUCUUGUGAUUGGAGAGAGUGUCGCGUGGGCAAUUUCUUUUCUAUGUAAUUCAAGCUUGAAAAGGUAGUAAGGUAUAGGAGAAGGGUCAUGUCACAUAGUUUUGUAGGUUAUGAAUUUCAGCUUUAUUUAAUAAAAGCAAAUUUGAAAUUGUGUUUUGUUUCCUUA